AUACGCUACGUAAAGUUUUCGAACAUUUAUACACCGCGUAAAUGAUUUUCAAUUAUACAUUUUGUGAAAAUUGUGAUACGUGAUUUUGUGUAGUGUUCUUGUAUAAUUUGUUAAGUGGAGUUCUAGUUGAAUGAGAUUUGAAUAAGGGAGUUGAAUUCGUCGUAAUGCGUGCACCAUAAACGCAAACAGGCGAUGCGCCGCGCAACGCGCGCGCUGUUACGUGCGUUGCGCGUAACAUGCGCUCGCUAAAUGUUACAGCUUGCGCGGCGCUGCUUGAAGACGUGCGCUGGGACGAGCCGACCAGCGUCGCGAGUCUCGCCGUGCUAGCGCUCAUCGACGUACUGGUCAUCGCAGGUAACUGCCUGGUGAUAGCAGCGGUGCUGUGCUCUUCGAAACUGCGUAGCGUGACUAACUUGUUCAUCGUGUCGCUGGCGGUAGCAGAUUUACUCGUCGGGGUGGCAGUGCUACCGUUUUCUGCAACGAGAGAAGUGUUUAAGAUCUGGAUCUUCGGAGACGUCUGGUGCUCGGUAUGGCUGGCUGUGGACGUCUGGAUGUGUACCGCGUCGAUACUCAAUCUGUGCGCCAUAUCUCUGGAUCGCUACGUGGCAGUUACCAGGCCAGUCAGCUAUCCUAGCAUCAUGAGUAGGAAGAGAGCGAAGGUCUUGAUAGCUGGGCUGUGGGUGCUUUCCUUCGUCAUCUGUUUCCCACCACUUGUUGGUUGGAAGGAUAAGAAGCCUGAAGAAGCAGAAGCCAAAGAAGACUGGUCACUCAAUCCGCCCUGCCCGUGGACAUGUGAGCUUACCAACGAUGCUGGUUACGUCGUGUAUUCAGCACUCGGUUCGUUUUACAUCCCCAUGUUUGUUAUGCUGUUCUUCUACUGGAGGAUAUACAAAGCGGCUGUUCGAACGACCAAGGCGAUAAAUCAGGGAUUCAGGACAACAAAAGGUAGAGGAUUAGGUAGCAGAUUUGACGACAAUCGUCUGACAUUACGGAUACAUAGAGGCAGAGGUUCCGCCAGACCUCACGGAUCGCCUCUCUCUACGGCUUCUAACCAUUCUACGAGCACCUCGCUUAGUGCAUCACCGGAAAGGUUAAGAAGGCAUUCCAGCGCAAGACGUGCUCACGAAAAGGUGAAAAUAUCCGUAUCUUAUCCAUCAUCGGAACAGAUAUGUCCAGCUCAUGAGAACUCCAGGUCACCAAGUCGAUCCCCAAGUCCAUCACUUUAUGCAGUUCAUUACGAGAGAGAUGGAAGGGAAUUGACCGAGAGUCGACUGAGAGUCAGAUCUUCACACCACCUGUCACCAGCACCACUCUACGAUGAAUACGAUGAUAAACCAAGAACAAGAAGAAUGGGGAAGAGGAAUAUAAAGGCGCAGGUGAAACGUUUUCGCAUGGAGACAAAAGCGGCAAAAACCCUGGGGAUCAUAGUCGGUGGCUUUGUCUUCUGCUGGCUUCCUUUUUUCAGCGUGUACGUCGUGAGGGCUUUCUGUGGCGACUGUGUUACGCCAAUCGUCUUCUCUGUGCUCUUUUGGCUUGGAUACUGCAAUUCUGCUAUCAAUCCGCUGAUAUACGCCCUAUUCUCAAAGGACUUUAGGUUUGCUUUCAAGCGAAUUAUUUGCAAAUGCUUCUGCGCUGGCGACACUUCUCGAAGGGAAUCAGGAGCUGAGGACGUUACACGUCGCCGCCCGCCUCAUUCACAUUCACACUCGCACUCGCUAGAAGAGGAAAGCUCUAUUCAUAACACAAAUAAUGAUAGGUGACGUCCAGCUAUGCGGCGGCAAAAUGCUCAGUUCCAGGCGACCGUCGCAUGCGU